ACUUGAAAAUGGAAAUCACAUCGUUCCCAGCAAUAGCAAUAUGCAUACUGUCACUAAUCAUCUUCAAACUCAUCUUCAUUAAGAAAAUAUCGACGGCGCCGCCACUUCCGCCGGGUCCGUGGGGCUUCCCUUUUGUCGGCUGCCUUCCGCAAAUGCUGAUAAACAAGCCUGUCUCCCGAUGGAUACUCAAUCUCAUGCAACAAUUCAACACUGAGAUCGCUUGCAUCAAACUCGGCGGCGUCCACGUCAUCUCCGUCACUUCUCCGGAACUCUCUAGAGAGUUCUUGAAGAAACACGACGCCUUCUUCGCCUCCCGGCCUGAUGUCCUAGUUGCCCGCCUCGCCAGCGACGGGUAUCGGGGGCUGAUCCUCUCGCCCUCCGGUGAUCAGUGGAUGAAAAUGAGGAGAGUUAUGGCGUCAGAGGUGCUCACCGCGGGUGUGUUUCGGCGACUCCACACAAAGAGAUGCGAAGAGGCCGACCACCUCGUGAGAUAUGUCUACAACCAGUGGAAGAAUCCGGAGAAAAAUGGUUUGGUGAACUUGAGAGAUACAACCCAACAUUACUGCGGCAACAUGAGCAGGAAAAUGGUGUUUGGUGAGAGGUUUUUCGGCCCGGGAAUGGAUGACGGGGGCCCGGGAAUUGAAGAAAGGGAACACGUGGAUGGAUUGUUCACGAUCCUUUCUUGUCUCUACGCGUUCGGGGUAGCUGAUUUUGUACCGUGGUUGGAGGUUUUGGAUUUGGAUGGACACAAAAGGAUUGUGACGAAUGCUCUUAAGAAUGUAAGAAAAUACCAAGAUCCAGCAAUCGAUAAGAGAAUGGAGAUGUGGAAUCUAGGUCAUAAGAGUGAAGAAAAUGAUAUUCUUGAUCUUCUUAUUAACCUCAAGAACUCAGAAAAUGAACCUCUUUUGUCCGUUCGAGAGAUCAAAGCACUAAUCUUUGAUAUAAUGAUUGCGACGGUUGAUAAUCCAUCAAAUGCAGCUGAGUGGGCUAUGGUGGAGAUGAUCAAUCAACCAGACCUACUUGCUAAGGCAUGUGAAGAAUUGGACACUGUUGUUGGUAAGAAUAGGCUAGUCCAAGAAUCGGAUAUACCUAAACUAAAUUAUGUCAAAGCUUGUCUAAAAGAGUCAUUUAGGCUACAUCCGUUAGCACCAUUUAAUGUCCCUCACAUUUCGAGCAAAGAUACUGUUGUGGGUGGCUAUUUGAUCCCAAAGAAGAGCUAUUUGGUCCUAAGUCGACCUGGCCUAGGUCGGAACCCAAGAAUUUGGGAUGAGCCUCUCAAGUUCAAACCCGAGCGGCACAUUUUUGAUGAACAAACACAAGUUGUGCUUGCUGAUCACGACUUACGCAUUUUAUCAUUUAGUACCGGAAGGCGCGGAUGCCCCGGCAUCAUGCUUGGUUCUACUAUGAGCACUAUACUUCUAGCUAGACUCAUUCAGGGUUUUAGCUGGAGGCCACCUCUCGGUACGAACAACAUUGACUUGGCCGAGUCUAGAGAUGACGGUGCAUUAGCUAUGCCCUUGAUUGCUCAUGCAACCCCUCGAUUGGACCCGCAAAUAUAUUUUCAACAUGUGUAAAAGUAAUAUUUCCCUUGUGUUAUGUUGUAUUCUAUUGUAUUGUAUUAUUGUAUUAAUAAAGAUUGGUGUAGUUAAUAAGAAGAUUUCU